UGUAUUUACGUCUCAUCAAGGCGCUGCGCAGCGCGGCGUGUGGAAAACAAAAACAAACAAACAACAAAAAAUAUAUAAUACAGCAUGGCGGGCGGCCGUGGAUGUGGCGCGGAAGCGUCACGCGAGGGGUCUUCUGUCCACCGCUGUUCUGGGUCACCGGUCUCCCCCUCUGGGUCCAAUGCCCAAUGAGGACAACCGGAAAGAUGUUUGGUGGAAGACGUACAGGGAGUACAGAGAGGAGAAGAAUAAAGAAGCCACUGAGCCUGUCAACAUAGGGCUCCCAUAUCAGCGUCCCUAUAGGAAGACUGAGGUAAAGGAGAGGAAGAAGGUGAUGCUGGAGAACACAAAUAACCCUGAGAUGGAAAGAGACAAUCGACUACGAACAUAUAAGACAGAGCCAGUGUUUGAGUACAACAGAGCUCCAGUGAAUCACCCUCCACAGAAGAAAUACCCUCACAAACAGCCUCUCAGACACCUGGACCGCUACAGAGAUGGAGCCCUAAACACCUAUGGCAUUUAUUAAACACUGUACAACUGAAACAGCAGGGAUUUUGUUUGUGUUAAACUUAAAGUUAUCAGCUGCGUGGUGAUCUGUCUUUAAAAUUGCUUUAGCAAAAUUGCGUGGGACAAAAAGGUCUGUUGUCAGUAGUGAAGUGAUGUGUGAAGAACAGCAUCAGGAAACCUUUUCACCUUUAUAUGAAAUCUUGUUUGACCCCCCCAAAAAAAUCUAUAACUGUAAUUGUGACUUUUCAGACGGUUCAGAAUUUUAUUUUUUUAAUUUUUUUAUUAUUAUUAUUAUAUAUAUUUUUUGGGAAUUCUAACUUGACAUCUUGAAAAAAAAAAAAAAAAUUCUGGUUUCUUUUUUUUUUUUUUUGCCAUGGGAAAAAGUUCUACCUUUUUCUCACAAUUUUGAGUUUUUUCUUUCUUUCUUUCUUGCAAUUCUGAGAAGAAAAAAUACACUUUUCUUUUGAUCUCUUUAACAUAGAAUUCUGACCUUUUUUCACAAUUUCAAUUUUAGUUUAUAUGUCGCAAUUCAGAUGUUAUUAUUAUUUAUUGCCAUGGAAUACAUUAUUUUGGUAACACUUUACAAUAAGGUUUCAUUUGUUGACAAGUUAAUGUAUUAAAAUGAACAAUGCAUUUGUUACAGUUUGUAUUCAUCUUUGUCAAUGUUUGUUAAUGAAGAUACAGUUGUUCAUUUUUCAUGUUAAUUCACAGUCAAAUGCUGACAAAUACAACAUUUUGAUUUAAUGCAUUAGUAAAUGUUUAAAUUAAGACCAAUACAUGUUGCAGACGUAUUGGUCAUGUUAACUAACUACAGUUAAUUACUGUUAACUAAUAAACCUUAUUGUAAAGUGUUACCAUUAUUUAUUUCAAGUGCGACACAUUGAAAAAGAGGCGCAAUGAUGUCAUAUUUACAUAGAAAAGCUAUUAAAAAAGCACUGAGCUUUGUAAACACAUGAUCUAUUUAGGUGAUUUAAUUUAAGGUAAUUUAAAAGUAAAGACUGUAUGUGUGAAACGAAGUAAACUUUUGUUCUGCAUAUGCGGUGAGUUUGGGUUGAGUUUUGUCACACUUAAAGCUCAUAAUUUUCCAUGUGUAUGACAUUCUUGAGAUUAAUUAUAUAUUCAUUAAAAAAUAUCAGAUUGAAAAAGAAAAGCGAUAACUUUGCCAUAGUAUCCUUUCAAAUGCUAAAGUUGCCACAGUCGCAUUCCAUUCUUUGCCUGUGCUGCACUUUAUUUGUACCAUUUUGUUUCAUUAAUUGAAAGAUAAUAACAAUAUUUAUUAAUUUUAUUAAUUUUAGUCCUUGAAAACCAGAAAAAAAAGUAGAAGUCCUUGAAAGUCCUGUAAUUUUAUUUUGCAGUAUCUGUACAAACCCUGUUUAAGUUAGUUACCAGUUUUUGGACCAUUUUGAUGAUUUUGAAAUAGUUUGAACUGAACUGUAGUUUUCUGUUUCUGUUUUCUGUCUUUUUAUAUUUCCUAUUUUAUAUAAUUUACCAUUAUUGAACAAAACAAUUUCAGAAAUUUCAAGUUUUAGAGUGUAGGUCAGCUUGUACCCUUUCAAAGACAAAGCUAACCAGCAAAACUUGAAAUCAAAAGUAUCCUAAAUGUUACAGAUGUUUGCACAAUAUUUUAGUGAGUAACCUUUCUUGGUAUUGCUGUUUCAAAUAUAAUGGCAAUGGCAGAUACGUGACUAACUAGUUUUGAGGAAAAAACAUCUUCUUUUGUUUGCCAAAUAACCCUGUGUAUGUGUCCGGCCCUCCAACUCUCAAGCUCCGGAAAAAAGUUCAGGCUCAGGAUUGGUUUUAUUUCUUUUUUUUUUUUGCUUUUUUUUUAUUGCUUUUACUCUUGGUUUCCUGUUGGUGUGAAUGAAAACAUGCUUUAACUGUUGGUUUCCUCUUGGGGUGAAUAAAAACAUUAUAGUUUUUUACAAGAACAAAAAUGUAGUUGGAGAGGAAGGAGAGGUUACUGGAAAAGUGAGAUGCUCAUGCAGAGCCGGGCUGACUGGUACAGAACCAAAAACAGCAAACACAUCUGAACUCAUUAGGUAUUUUGCCGGUUUUUGCAGAGGCCAUGAAUCUGGAACAAAGAUUUCUUUCAUAUGACUUAUAUAAGGCAAUAACCCACAAGCAGAACACAACUGGGAUUCAUUCUGGGGGGCUUUAAAUUUCAUUAAUGGACAUGUGAAGUCUGAGUUCUACGCACAGAAGCAAUGAAGUUUCAGUAAAUGCUCUAGCUUAUUGAAAAGUGGAUUCUGAUUGAUUGUCAAUGUUUGAUAGUUCAUCAAUUAAAAAAACUUUCUAAAAAGUGAUUCCAAAGAGAUCUGCAUCACGCUUAUAGCUAAUAACAAACAGAGAGGUAUAGUAAUUGUCAUAGGUAUCUUACAUUUAUCAUACUUUCUGUGAAAGUACUUAAUUUCAAGAGGGUCUACACCACAACGAUAACGACAUAGAACCGAUAUUGCUGGAUAGUGUCUUUUAAUAGCUGAGCAACAAUUAAAAUAUUGACAUCAUACUUUAAAGAGCUUGAGCAUUUAAUGCGACAGAUGACAAAAAAAAAACAUCGCAGCAUGCUUAUAAUAAACUGGUUUUAUAUUUUAAUAUAUUGGUGUGCAUGCUAGUUCUAGCACUAGGUGUGAACAACCCUAAAGGGAUAGUUCACAAAAAGAGCAGCAAGAACAUUCAGUCAAAUAAACUAAUUUCUGUUUCCACAGAGGAAAAAAAGUUGGAAACGAGUGAGGUUCGAGUUCAUUUUAGGUCGUUUUCAUGUCAUAGACAGACUUCCUGUUGUCACAGCAUAGUUUUAGUAUAGAUAAGCUCUUGGCAGUGCUUCUGUUUGCAAACGUCACAGGGUUGGAUCCCAGCUGGCAAUCUUCAGCAUCAGGUCCACAUCCAGUAGUUUUCCCUGGGUUUUCCGCACUGUUUUUCCCCUAAUGUGAAAUCUCACACCUGUUGACACCAGACUCAAUUUGUUUUCACUUUGAUUUAAUUGUCUGUUUAUUUUGUAUUAAGUGUAUGUAAAAUGUAUUUAAAAAAAAUAGCUUAGGAUCUUGGAACAAAAACAUUCCAAUCCAAACAUGGCUUUUAUUAAAGAGUCAACUAAG